GCGGGGCGGGCCGGGGCGCGGGCGGCGGCUCCUCCUCCACCGGCUGCAGGAUUAAUAACUAAUAUUUAUGUAAGACAGAAGAGAAAGAUGUCAUUCCGUAAAGUAAACAUCAUCAUCCUGGUCUUGGCUGUUGUUUUCUUCUUACUGGUUUUGCACCAUAACUUCCUCGGCCUGAGCAGUUUGCUAAGGAAUGAGGUUUCAGAUUCAGGAAUUGUGGGGCUUCAGCCCAUAGACUUUAUCCCAAAUGUUCCCCGUCAUGCAGUAGAUGGGAGACAAGAGGAGAUUCCUGUGGUCAUUGCUGCAUCUGAAGAUAGGCUCGGGGGGACCAUUGCAGCCAUAAACAGCAUUCAGCACAACACUCGCUCCAAUGUCAUUUUCUACAUUGUAACGCUCAAUCAUACAGCAGACCAUCUCCGGUCUUGGCUCAGCAGCAGUACUCUGAAAAGCAUCAGGUACAAACUUGUGAAUUUUGACACUAAACUUUUGGAAGGGAAAGUAAAAGAGGAGGAUCCUGACCAGGGGGAAUCCAUUAAACCAUUAACCUUUGCAAGGUUCUACUUGCCUAUUCUGGUUCCCAGAGCAAAGAAGGCCAUAUAUAUGGAUGAUGACGUAAUUGUACAAGGUGAUAUUCUUGCCCUCUACAAUACACCACUGAAGCCAGGACAUGCAGCUGCAUUUUCAGAAGAUUGUGAUUCAGUCUCUACUAAAGUUGUCAUACGUGGAGCAGGGAACCAGUACAAUUACAUUGGAUAUCUUGACUAUAAAAAGGAAAGAAUCCGUAAGCUUUCCAUGAAAGCCAGCACCUGCUCAUUUAAUCCUGGUGUUUUUGUUGCAAACCUGACAGAAUGGAAAAGACAGAAUAUAACUAACCAGCUGGAGAAAUGGAUGAAACUCAAUGUAGAAGAGGGACUGUAUAGCAGAACACUGGCUGGCAGCAUCACAACACCUCCUCUGUUGAUCGUAUUUUAUCAACAGCACUCCACCAUUGACCCGAUGUGGAAUGUUCGCCACCUUGGCUCCAGUGCUGGGAAACGAUAUUCACCCCAGUUUGUAAAAGCUGCCAAAUUACUCCAUUGGAAUGGGCACUUUAAGCCAUGGGGAAGAACUGCUUCAUAUACUGAUGUUUGGGAAAAAUGGUAUAUUCCUGACCCAACAGGCAAAUUCAGCCUAAUCCGAAGACAUAUGGAAAUCUCAAAUAUAAAGUAAAAUAUAAUUUAUGCUAUAAGUACUUCUCAGGAAAUCCCAGAAGAUAGUAUGUAUAAAAAGUAACAGUUGUGGCAACCCAUGGAAAACGGGACAUUUCAACUGGGUAGAGGACAAAUGGCACUCUCUGGCAGUCAGCCUCUCUGAUAGACUCCACGUCUCCAUCUGCCUUACCAAGCGUUUGCUUACUACAGUGCUGAAUGACCAGAGGUGAAUGGACUAAUAUGGCUGGUAUGGCUAGUUCAACACUGCUGCUUAGUUCUAAAUUUGUAACCUGUGGCCUGAUCUAUAAAUAAAGUGAAACCUACAUUUUUCAGUAGGUAUCUUAUUUUUUGCAUCCAGGUUAAUAAAUGUAC